AUGAAUUAAUAAGCAAAUAUUAAAUAUGAGUUUGAAGACUUGAAAUAAAUAGUGAAGGAAGGAUGGAUGGAUAAGCAAUCUAGAUUCCUCAAGAAAUGGCAUAAGUAAAUCAAGGAAUCUAAUUUAUUAGACGCUGGGUCGUAUUAACUAAUUUCACUUUAUACACUUUCAAGAAGUAAUAACAAUACAAUAAUCCCACAGAAGUGAUUGAUCUCAAUCACAUUGUCUCAAUCAAGUAGGCAGAUGAUCAGGAAUUACAGAAAGUGAAUUCGAUUGUAAAAAUCACAAAAAUAGUAGAGCAUCCAAACUCAUGAUUCCAUUUUUUAUUUAGUUGUCCAAGAUGAGUAAUAGUAAUAAUAGUGGAUCAACCUCAUAAGUAGUCACAUGCUCAAAUUGCAGAAUAAAAUUAAAUUGUAAUAAUGA